UCUCUCUCUCUCCCUACCCUUUCUCUGAAUAAUCUAGUUAAUUGUGUUCGAUGAUAGUCAGAAGUGAUUUUCAAGAUUCUGUUUCAGAUUAAAGGAAAGAAGAAUCUUUGAAGAAGUUGGGAAUCGAAAAAAAAAUCUCCGAAAUUCAAAAACCGAGUGAUGCACUUGAAAAAUGGGAUCUUUGGCGCUCGAAAAAGAGAUUAUAGGCUCACUCGAUUACAUAUCAUUAGGGCUUAAGGACCCCAUCAAGGACUAUAUUGGAAAGCCCCGAGUUUUAUCACUCGUUUCGACAUUUCUAGAAAGAUCUAUUCAAACAUGUGAAAGGAAUCUAGAAACUUCACUAGCGAAAGAUGAUGACGUCAGCAGCAGCAUAUUCUACGGUUUAAGAGCACCUUCUCUUACCAUUCAACAAUACAUAGAUCGGAUAUUUAAAUACUCGUGCUGCAGCCCUUCAUGCUUUAUUAUUGCACAUAUAUAUGUCGAUAGAUUUAUUCAACGGACGAAUUUACGCUUGACUUCGCUCAACGUACACCGACUUCUUAUUACCAGUGUUAUGGUGGCAGCAAAGUUCAUGGAUGAUGCAUUCUUCGACAAUGCAUUUUACGCUAGAGUGGGAGGAGUGAGCACGACAGAAUUGAACAAGUUAGAGAUCAAGUUUUUAUUCGGCGUGGAUUUCCGACUACAUGUUAAUGUACAGACAUUUAGGAAGUAUUGUUCCUUGUUGAAAAAGCAAGCAAACGACGGAAUUAUCGAGCGCCCUCUUAUACAUUCAUAUUCAAUCGAAGAGAGCUGCACUAAAAACGAUGACUCCGUUUUGUCCUCAUUCCGUUUCAGAUGAUGAAAAGAUUCUUUGCAAGACAAUAUCGAGAAAUAUUACAUAUUAUGAUCACUCAAUCGAUCUUUCUCUUUCUCUCUCUCUCUCGUGUUGUAUAACUACAUAGGUUUUUCAUUGUUGUAUCGAUAGUCAUUCAAUAGUUGUCUUUUUUUUACGGCGUCUGUUUUGUAUGGAUGGUUAGUUCUCAGGCUCGUUGUGUAUUGAUGACUGUCGAUAGAAGUAGAACGUGGAUCCGUUUAUUCGCGUAUUCUUUCAUUGACAUUUUCUAAGAUUUCGUCGUUGUAUUAGACUUCUGUGUUAAAGUGGAUGAAUUCUUUUUCAGUU